GGCGAGGAAGAGGGUGUAUCCACGCUGAUGCGCAGAGCUGAACUCAGCGGGCAUCGCCCAAUACAUCUGGCCAGCUUGCCGAGUUUGCUUGUGAACUUUGGUGCCAUGCUUUCUGGGGCGGUGUGGGGCAUGCAGUGCUGCUGCGUGAGCAGCGCCUUCUGUUUUUUGCCGCCGUGCGUCUCGUGGUGCGCCGAAGCCUCUGCCCCGGUCAUCGCCUGCUCUUUGUCGGGCGUCGCGCGCUCCUGCCCAGGUUGCGCCGUAUGGAGCGUCUUAUGUCCCGUUCCCACGCUGUGUGCCGCGCCAUCGGUCGCCGUGCCGUCGGCCACUGAGCACGCGACGGGCUGGGCUGCCCUGGGAGGACGUCACGCCCAGAGGCAUCUGCGGCCUGGAGGUCGGUAUGUGCCAGUCGCGGUUUUCAAAUGCUUCCGCCAGUUGGGUUGAGCUGUCUCGGGUCAACGCCCCGACUGUAUGUCAUUGCUCGUUCCCUGAUUUAACGGUCAGCCCGCCACCGCGUCCACGGCCGAAGGCGGUCAGCACCAGUUCUGGGCAUCUCCUGCGUGGGCUUCUGCGGCGAGCUCGCUGCAUGUCUGUCGGAGGGAGUGUCCCUCAUGCGUUCCUCCUCGCUCCUCGCCGCUCCUGUCUCUUUCUCUAUCAUGUGCGGGGGCGCCACUUCAUCAUAGCAUGUGUAGUUGUGGUGCACCUCGGCUAAUUGUUUUGUUGGAUAUCACUGGCUCUGUCCGUAUGCUGGUGGUUGCUGUUUCCAGCGUCUUUGUGGACGCCUCGCAGCGAAACAGCCGCUGACUGAACAGCCCGUCGGGGGACCUGCGGAUCUUCGUUUCAUCGGCCAGAACGGGAGCGGGCGUCCUUGUGCUCUUUUCCCCCCCGUUCUCGGCUGGGCACCUGCUGCAGUGCACGAGCCAUCGUACGAGCUGCGCAGUGCAAACGA